AUGUAUGACCAUAGGGGAUCAAUAUCAACAGAACGAACGUCAGCGAGCAUGGACUACUCAGAAGAGGCCGUGGAAAACAAAAGAGUGCGGAGAACGCCAACGCGUCCGAAGGGGACUUAUCGUCUUGCCGACUUUAUCAUUCAGCGCACGUUGGGGACGGGGAGUUUCGGGAGAGUGCAUUUAGUUCGCAGUAAACAUAAUCUACGGUUCUAUGCCAUCAAAGUCCUGAAUAAAGAGCGAAUAGUGAGAAUGAAGCAGGUUGAGCACACAAACAACGAGCAGCAGAUGUUGGCAUCGGUGCAGCACCCGUUUAUCAUCAAUCUUUGGGGCGUCUUUCAGGAUUCUGGAAACUUAUACAUGGUUAUGGACUUCGUUCCCGGCGGCGAGCUGUUCACUCUUUUGAGACGAUCGAAUCGCUUUCCAGAUCCUGUUGCAAAAUUCUACGCCGCUGAGGUAGCCCUAGCGCUGAAUCACCUGCAUGACGAAGACAUAGUAUAUCGUGAUCUCAAACCUGAAAAUAUUCUCCUCAACGGAGACGGUCAUAUCAAAAUUGCUGAUUUCGGCUUUGCGAAAUCUUGCGAAACGACGACGUGGACGUUGUGCGGCACCCCGGAUUAUCUGGCACCCGAAAUCAUCCUGCAGCAGCGGUACAACAAAAGUGUGGAUUGGUAUGCUCUUGGGGUUCUCAUCUACGAAAUGCUGUCAGGUCUACCUCCAUAUCAUCAAACGGAGACCAACCACAUGUUGCUUUACGAACGGAUCACGCGUGGGCCAACCCACAUCAAGUUCCCAACGGCAUUUAACGAUAAUGCGACGGACAUCAUCAUGAAGUUGAUGGAGAGUGACGCUUCAAAACGGUACGGGAACUUGCAUCAUGGAGCAGGCGAUGUGUUCGCGCAUCCGUGGUUUAGAGAGGUCGACUGGAAUAGAUUAGCUGCGAGAGAGAUCACGGCCCCAUACCUACCUAGAAUAAACGGCGAUGGGGAUGCCAGCGCCUUCGAUAAUUACCCAGAGGAUAACGCUGCGGCGCUAUACGGUCUUCCCGGUCCAGAUCCUCAUGGGAGCCAAUUCCCUGACUUUGAAUACACAGCUCCUUCGUUAUAG